AGCAAGAAGAUUAUCAUCAUAGCGCAAAGUCUCCUCGUUCUAUAGUAAGCCCGUGAUUAGCCGUGAGAUCGUGUACUUGAAGAGUAAACUCAUGAGAAGUUGUUACUAAUAGAAAAAAAACAUUACACCAGUGAAGUAGUUGUGCUUUAAAAAGAUCACCCUGGCUAAAAAAAAAUAAUUUAAUCCCCAGGCUUCCUAAGCACCAGGGAUAUUAUGGGCUUGAAAGCUGAAUGGGAGAUUGAUAAAAACGCAAGGACUGAGAAUAAAGUUAUGACUGAACCAACACCGACCCACUGUGGGCUGUGCGGUAUUUAUCCAAAAUGGUUACAAAAACGUGCGACACCACAUACAUUUAUUUUGGUCUAUGGUUUUCUGGGGCUCGUUCAAGCUAUGGCCUUCAUUUAUAUCGUUGUCACGCUGACGACGUUAGAAAAACGAUUUAAAAUUCCCAGUCAGACGACAGGUAUAAUACUGUCGGGUAAUGAGAUCUCACAAAUACUUUCACUGAUACUGAUGUAUUACGGUGGUGCAGGACAUCGUCCAAGAUGGCUAGCUGCAGGUGUAGGAUUCAGUGCAUUAUCAUGUUUUAUUCUAGUGAUUCCCCAUUUAAUCUACGGUCCCGGCAAGUCAGCACUGUCAUUAACUCAAGAGUAUUUAGAUCGGAGUGUUUUUUUAAAUUCAACUAAAACAGUUUCAACUAAUAGCCCGACUUACUUGUGCCCCGGUUCAAACGAACACGACAAAUGUGACGAGGAAGAUCUCAUGGACGGAAGUUUAUUGCCGCGUUUUUUGGUAUUUAUGUCACAAUUUGUUCUUGGAAUUGGGACGACCCUGUACUUUGGAUUAGGGCAAACUUAUCUUGAUGAUAAUACAAAAAAAUCAAACACCCCAAUGUUACUCGGGUUUACAUUUGCAUUAAGAACAACUGGACCAGCACUAGGUUUUAUUUUAGCUUACGCUUGCUUGAAACUUUACAUUGUACCGAAUUUACAUCCAGUUAUAACUGAUAAAGAUCCACGUUGGUUGGGUGCAUGGUGGCUAGGAUGGAUUAUUUUAGGUUGUUUGCUUCUAAUUUUCGCUCUGCUUAUUGCUAUGUUCCCAAAGCAUUUGCCGAAAGAAGAAAAAAAUAAAAACAAUAAUAAAAAUAAGAUAGAAGGUGAAUUGCCUCUAAAAAUCCACAAUGGGAUCGAAGGGUUGCCCGAGAUAACAUCCCGAGUUGACAAGAACCACGAGGAAGAAAACGUACACCAGCCUUCGUUGAAAGAUUUUCCAGUGACACUAAAACGUGUUUUUUCAAAUAAAAUUCUUUUUUGUAACAAUCUAAGCGCGGUCUUCGGAAUUUUUGGUCUACUUCCCUACUUCACUUUCAUGGCCAAGUAUCUGGAGGUACAAUUUAAUACUUCGGCUGCGGGUGGUACAGUUAUAACAGGUCCGAUUUCACUAGUCGGUAUGGUACUGGGCUUUUUAGGCUCGGGGUUUUUUAUAAGCAAAGUUAAGCCUCGACCAUCAAGACUUUUGAGUUGGAACGUUUUCGGGGGAUUUGUUGCUUUUAUUAUACAGAUCAGUUAUAUUUUUAUUGGUUGUGACCAAGUUCCUAUUGAGGGAGUCAAUGCUAUUACUAUGGAGGUUAAUUUUACAACAGUAUGUAAUCUUGGUUGUAAUUGUGAGGGCGUUAAAUACGCCCCAGUUUGUCACGAAGCAUCAAUGACAUCUUACUUCUCAGCAUGUCACGCUGGAUGCACAAGUUUAAUUGACGCACGGCACUAUGGCAACUGUAGUUGUGUACCAAAUGCUGCAAACUAUCGUGACAAUAGUGAAAAAUAUUAUAAUUACAAUAAUAACAAUAAUUAUAACUCGACGACGAUAUCAAAAGAUUCAGUUGUCUUGGGACCAUGUUUAGGAAAUUGUGUUAAAUCAUACAUGACAUUUAUUGCACUGAGUAUGAUUUGUCAUUGUUUGAUGUCAACUGGUAAAAUAGGAAAUGUACUGAUUAAUUAUCGUUGCGUCGAGCAAAAAGAUAAAAGUGUCGCCCAAGGAGUUACACUGAUGUUCAUAUCACUGUUUGCACUUAUUCCUGGUCCCAUAGUUUAUGGUUUUAUUUGUGACCAGUCCUGUCUAAUUUGGGAAAAAUCAUGUGGCACUACCGGAAAUUGUUGGUAUUAUGAUAAAGAUAAAUUUCGUUAUCUAUUCAAUAUAACUGGAGCCUGUUUCACAUUCGUUGCCGUAAUAUUGGACACGUGUGUCUGCUAUCUCAGCAAAGAUUUGGAUUUAUAUGGAGCCAAUGAAGAUAAACGUAAAAAUUUUAUACUUGAAGAUACGACAAUAAGUGAUAAUAAAAAAGAUAAAAUAAUUAUUGAAUAUAAUGAAAAAUUAUAAAUAAUAAUUUUUGUUUUAUAAAUAUAAAUAAUAUAUAGAUAAAUAUUAUUUUUUUAGUUAAAUAAAUUUAUAAAAAUAUA